AUCCUUCCUUAGUGUAACUACCAACCAACUUUUCCUUUUCUUUGGCAAUGGCGUUUCCUUUAUCCUCUUCCAUUACUCUUUCCUUCACUCCUUCAACUCCAAAGCAGCAUUUCCUCUCUACCCAUUUCGCUUUUCGAUUCAGCCAUGCUUGUAGUCAAGAGAAUGCAAGACCAGUUCAACUUAAAGUUCAGUGCAAGGCUUCUAAAGACUUUGUCAAGGAUCAAUCACCCUGGCGCAAUAUUCCUAGAAGUUUGAACUUGUCAACAUUUAUGAAUGGAAAGAAACUUGAGAGUCUGGUAGCUGUGGUACUUAUUUUAGCCCAAAUUUCAUCUCCGCUGCCUUUAGGUGGUUGGGACUUCUGGUCCGUUUUGCCUGCAAAUGCUGUGCUUUACUCUCCCGAAACAAAGAUUCCAAGGACUGGGGAGCUUGCUUUGAGAAGGGCUAUACCUGCAAACACAAACAUGAAGGCUAUACAGGCUUCUUUGGAAGAUAUUUCAUACCUGCUAAGGAUUCCACAAAGAAAGCCUUAUGGAAGCAUGGAGGGUAAUGUGAAGAAAGCUCUAAAGAUAGCAGUUGAUGGAAAGGAUUCAAUUUUAGGAAGUAUACCCACAGAUCUAAGGGAGAAGGGUUCAAUACUUUACACAUCUCUUAUUGAUGGGAAGGAAGGAUUGCAAGCACUCCUGAAAUGUAUCAAGGAUCAGGAUCCAGAUAAAGUAUCUGUUGGCCUUGCAUCUUCACUAGUUACUGUUGCUGAAUUGGAGUUGUUACAGGCCCCAGGGUUGUCAUUUCUGUUACCUGAGCAAUACUUGAAAUAUCCAAGGCUAACAGGGAGAGCAGUUGUUGAACUUAAUAUUGAGAAAGGAGAUGGUUCUUCAUUUACUCCAGAAGCCGGUGGUGAACCAAGAAAGACUGCCACAAUUCAGGUUGUUUUGGAUGGAUAUUCAGCACCACUAACCACUGGGAAUUUUGCAAAACUGGUGAUUGAUGGUGCAUAUGAUGGGACAAAACUCAGCUGUAUUAAUCAAGGAAUUAUCUCAGAAAACAGUCUUGAUAAGAAUGGUUACAGUGUUCCCUUAGAAAUAAUGCCAUCAGGACAAUUUGAGCCUUUGUACAAAACAACCUUAAACGUGCAGGAUGGGGAAUUGCCAGUUCUUCCACUAUCAGUCUAUGGAGCUGUUGCUAUGGCACACAAUGAAGACUCUGAGGAGUACUCAUCGCCAUAUCAGUUUUUCUUCUAUCUAUAUGAUAGAAGAAAUGCUGGUUUAGGAGGCAUAUCCUUUGAUGAAGGUCAAUUUUCAGUUUUCGGAUAUACAACUGCUGGAAGAGAAGUUCUACCACAGAUAAGAACUGGGGAUGUCAUUCGAGCUGCAAAGCUAGUUGAAGGUCAAGACCGCCUAGUAUUACCAAAGGAGAGCCAAUGAACUAUUUGAAAAAAGGUCAUCCCCAGAUUCUUCUGAAAUGGAUGUAUCAGGUGCAAUAUUGAAGCUGCAGGGUUAUGCUCUUAAUCUGUAAAGAUCAUUUCUGGAGCAGUUCUGGCUGUACUUCUUAUUGAAGGAAUUGACCUCUUUUUUUUUCUCAAUGUUGUUGUAAAUUAAAACCACUUUUCAAAUCCAUUCUUUUUUUUUUUUCUUCUGGUAUUGUUCAAUUCAAUUCAUUGAGGCUUUGUUAACUUUAGCUAGGAUGAGUCUUAAUUGCCUAACAUGGCAUAUGUUAAACCUAUCGCCUUGUCUCUUA